GUUAGCCUAACUUUUUUGCGACGACCUUGCCGCGUUAUCGCAUAUCACCACGAGGCGAGAACGUAUGAUUGGUUGUGUGAUCGUAAAAACGUCAUUUGACAUCACUUUUGCGAAUGCUUGUCUUUUAAAUGACCUAGAGAAGAUAGUUCGGCGAGUCGCCCUCUAAUAAUUUUUGACUCCAGAGAAGCGGAAUCGAAUUUUAAAUUAAAACACUUAAGAAAUGUUUCGAACGGCAAUUGUACGAAGUGACCUCACAAAAGAAAUACUCAGGAAAUCCGUCCGAGCGAAAAUAAUCAGAAAUAUCAGUGUAGAAUGUAUCAGAAGGAAGCAGUAUCUCAGAGUACUGCCAUGUGGAGGCUACAACAACCAAAUAUUAGCCAAAUGGAUAGUCCCAGAAGAGACUUUAAUACGAUUCUACUCAAGCAACUAUCCUGCGCACACAAAAGUUACCUUACCAGCACUCUCUCCAACUAUGGAAUCAGGCACAAUUAUCAGUUGGGAGAAGAAGGAAGGUGACAAAUUAAAUGAGGGCGACUUGUUGGCUGAAAUAGAGACUGAUAAAGCUACCAUGGGCUUUGAAACUCCAGAAGAAGGAUACCUCGCUAAAAUAUUGUUACCAGCUGGAUCAAAAGAUGUCCCUAUUGGCAAACUGGUGUGUGUCAUAGUAGAAAACGAGGCGGACGUGGCAGCUUUCAAAGACUUCAAGGAUGAUAGCCCAGCGCCGGCAGCUGCACCUAAACCGGCCGCCCCUGAACCCGCGGCACCCGCGCCUGCCGCCCCUGUGGCCCCACCUCCGGUACCGUCAGCCCGUGCGCCCCCAGAACCGGCCGCCCCUGCGCCCCCAGAACCGGCUGCAGCUGGAGGUAGGGUGUAUGCCAGCCCCAUGGCCAAACGGUUGGCCGAACAGCGGAACAUCAGACUGCAAGGUGCGUGUCAUACAAGUGUUGGGUGAACCCAGUUCAGCUUUCAUUACAACUAUGCUUUUGUUUAUUUCUGUGCGGGACCGAUUCGACCAACUUGAAUAAACUGAGAUUAAGCUCAUGAACAGAGUUGAACAACAGAUUGAAAAAAUCAGAUGUCAUGAAAAAUAUUUAAUAUUCCUUCUUUAUAAGAGAGCUCUUUUAAAUCAUCUGUAUUACCCACAACACAGAUUACACACAGAUGCGGCAGCUACUGUCGGUCCCUUUCAUUCUUGCUUCACAACCUAUUUGAUAUCAAUCCUAUCAUUUGCCAUGAACGCCUGCAGAUUUUUUUUUAAAGGUCGCAAAUAAAAAAUGUUUUGCUUCUGAAGAAAUCUACCUUACCAUAUUAAUUAUAUGAUACAGUAAAUACUAAAUAAACUUACCUUUGACGGUUUCUCGAGAAAAAUAGACCCUAAAUAUGCCACAUAUUUUUUAUUAGCUGACCUACCUUUUCAUUGGCUGUCGCCUCUGGUAGCACCCAGUGUCUCUGAAGGAAUCUGCCAAUGUAAUUUUUUUUCAUUUUGAAGAUCGGAAGAACCAUACAUUAUGUCAAACUAUCAACAUCAGAGUAAAUGUUAUUUUCCUCAUGUCUGACGGAAGUCUAACCGUCUUAUGUACUUACUAGUUACGCUAGAAGUUGCUCAUAGAAAAAAAAUAAAACACAGAAUAUAGCAAGAAACAGCAAUACUUUUGGGAUGCAAAAUAAUUAUAUUCCGUUGACAGUUUUUUGCGAAUACUACAUAUUAAAUACCAGUUCAUAAUUCAAGUCUCACUGGCGUUACUUAGUGUUUCAACAAAAAUGAACGAAAGUAUGGUUGUCUUACAGGAAGUAACCUUAUAGGAAAGUUGUGAUGAAGACAUAGAAACAGAUAAAUCAGCUGAAUUAUUGCAAAUUACAUUUAUACCCAUAUGAUGUCGACUUAUAGUAUUAAUAAUAUUAAAAUCUGAAAAACCAGGAAAAGUAAAUGUAAAGUUCAAUGAUAUCUAUAUCUGCCCAGGCUUGUGACAUCACUGCCUUGCAAAUGAAGUUCACUGCAGUGCUUGUUGACUAACAAUUACUAAAAUUAUCGUUUGUUUUGAUUUUAUAUUUGGUGUUAUGUGACACCAUUGUGUAUAUCAUUGUAUAAGAUAGACCUAUACAUCUAAGAGGAAGAGCUAUAAUUCAUUUUUAUCCUAACAUAUUCAGCAGGUAUGGUGUAUUUUUGAUAAUUUUUAGAAAUUAUCACUUCAUAUCAGUAUCAACCUCAAAAAAUAUAGUAAUAAACGAACAUUUUAUAUUGCAGCCAUAAUUAUAAUGAGAUUAACUAUAAUAAAUGAUGUUUUUUUUAUUUGGUAUAGUAACCUGGUCAUAUUUUAUGAGGUGAUACUGUUUCAAGAAGAAAGCAAGGGAAUUAGUACAUUGAAAUACUGGAGUAUAAUUGUGAAUGAAAUGUUUUACGUUUUGUUAGCAUGAUGUCACUAGCUGGGAUUGAUUUAAAGUGGACAUUUACUUUCUAUCUUAUUGUGGAAGUUUAUAAGUUUCAUAGGUUCAUGUAUUAAAGUUAAUUGCUUAAACGUGAAGCUUCUCCAUCUUUAUGUUUAAAAUGUUUCAAAUUGUAUAUUUGUUUUUGCAAAAUUGGCACAGUUGUUUCAAAGCCAUAUUGAUUGUGUAUG